GUGGACAUGACACGCUUUAGCAUUCAAACGAGGCAGAGUAGAAGUGGGGAACAGCAUCUCAUUUUGUUCGCAGCAUCUGGUCAAACAGUCUUACUUAACCUGAACACAAGAAGACAGCAGCGUGCUCUGCUCCUGAAAUAAAAACACCUCUGGUUAGUGUUAUGGCAAGAGGAGAGGGAGCCGAACAGUUCUCUUCUGGUUUGUUACCUACAGCCAAAACUGUGACUCAAGAUGGAAUCAAAACUGCUAAGCUCUCACCCCAGCAGGAGAGGAAAAGAGCUCUGACUGUGUGGAGUAAGGUGUGUUUUGCAAUCGGAGGGGCUCCGUAUCAGAUCACAGGCACCGCCCUGGGCUUCUUUCUGCAAAUCUUCUUGCUUGAUGUGGCACUGUUGGAUCCCCUCAAUGCUUCUGUGAUCCUGUUUGUGGGUCGGGCCUGGGAUGCUGUGACUGAUCCUACAGUUGGGUUUUUAGUAAGCAGAACCCCAUGGACACGGCACGGACGCAUGAUGCCCUGGAUUCUGGUGUCCACCAUACCAGCUGUGUUGUGCUAUUUCCUAAUAUGGGUGGUUCCGCCUAUAGAGCAGGGAAAGAUGUUGUGGUAUCUUCUCUUCUACUGUCUCUUCCAGACCCUCCAAACAUGCUUUCAUGUGCCUUACUCUGCUCUGACCAUGUUUAUCAGCAAUGAACAGAAGGAACGAGAUUCAGCCACAGCGUACCGCAUGACUGUAGAGGUGUUGGGUACAGUAAUUGGCACUGCCGUCCAGGGGCAGAUUGUAGGCAUGGCCAACGUUCCCUGCACUAACGGCACAUCCCUGAACAACAGCUCCAAUAACUCUCAGAUCAUACUGGACAGCAAAGUACUUAAUGAGAGGCGUGCAUUUAUGAUUGCAUCCGCAGUCAUAAGUUUGAUUUAUGUUCUGUGUGCUGUUGUGCUGUUUUUCGGAGUGAGAGAGCAGGACAAUCAGGGUGGUUUAAAAGCACAGAAGCAUGUGUCAUUUCAGACCGGUCUGCGGCUGGUAAUGGGUCAUGGGCCAUAUGUUAAACUCGUGCUGGCCUUCCUCUUCACUUCUCUGGCCUUCAUGCUGCUGGAGGGAAAUUUUGCAGUGUUCAUUAAGUACACACUGGGAUUCAGAGAGGAUUUUCAAAACAUCUUACUAGUCAUCAUGCUGUCUGCUACCCUUACUAUUCCCAUGUGGCAGUGGUUCCUCUGCCGGUUUGGGAAGAAAACUGCUGUAUACAUUGGCAUCCCAUGGGCUGUGCCUUUCAUGAUCCUGGUGGUGUGUGUAAACAACAGUCUCUUCGUGUCUUAUGUCGUAUCAAUCGCGGCUGGUGCAAGUGUGGCAGCGGCCUUCCUCCUGCCCUGGUCCAUGCUUCCAGAUGUGGUAGAUGAUUUUAAAGUCCAGAAUCCCACCUCUCAAGGCCAUGAAGCUAUUUUUUACUCUUUCUAUGUUUUUUUCACUAAAUUUGCCUCUGGAGUGUCGCUUGGAGUAUCAACACUAGCAUUAAGCUUUGCAGGCUAUGAGACAGGAGUUUGUGUUCAGCCUGAUUCUGUGAAUCUGACGUUGAAGAUGUUGGUGUCGGCUGCUCCUGUAUCUCUUAUAGCUCUGGGGCUGCUCAUCUUUAAAACAUAUCCUAUCAAUGAAGAACGUAGGAAGUACAACAACAAACAGCUGCAGCUGCUACUGCGCAAUGAAGAACAAGAGUCUGAGAUGGAGGCCUUGAAGCCUCACAUCACAGCAUGAAAUACCAGCACUAACGUACAGGGGGCGCCAAAUACAUCUUGACCGCUGCAAUGAGAAAAUCUAUCAACUCAACUUUUAGAGACAGAACUUUCCUCACUCAGUUGGUUAACUGGACCUGGACCAAUGAAGGGUGGAGAUGACUCCUGAAAAAUCUGCACUACCGUUAAGAUGGCUACAUGUUUAUAAAACCAAUUACAAUAUCCUAUUUGCUGCUUUCAGUAACGAUUACAGCUUUCCUUUGGAGAGAACAAAGGCAGACUUGUAUGAUCAUUAUGAGGUUUAAAUGUACCAUCUACUAAUACAUUGUAUUUUGUUGCAACAGUCUUUUCUCGUUUGAGAUGGUGGAUACAUGUUUUGGUUUCUGAAUGUAAAGGAUAAGUUGAGUUGCAGUUAUUUGAGGACGUGAUGUGGUGAAGAAUUGUUGGUUUGUUUUUGCACUUGGGGUGAAAUAUUUAUAGUGGAACAAAAAAAAAAAAAACACUUUUUCCG